AUGUCUAAAGAAGUGCCAAAGCUUGACCCAUUUAGGACGAAGGCAGAACUCAAGGGUAAAAAGCAAAAGCGAUCUCAGGGUUCCUCACAUUAUCGACCUAAGGCACCAACUGAACUUACACGCUUGCCAGCUUUCAAAGACGUCUCACCAUCGGAGCAUCAGGAGCUCUUUAUUAAGAAACUUCACCAGUGUUGCGUCGUUUUCAACUUUGAGGAGUCAACGUCUGAUAUUAGUAGUAAAGAAAUCAAACGCACAUUUCUAAGUGAACUGGUUGAAUAUAUAAGCGUAACACGGAAUGCGUUGAAUGAGUCUGUCUACCAACCAAUUGUAUCUAUGAUUGCUUGCAAUAUUUUUCGUCCAUUGCCACCUUCUGAUAAUCCAGAUUUUGAUCCUGAGGAAGAUGAUCCUGUUCUUGAAGCAGCCUGGCCACACCUAUCAUAUGUUUAUGAAUUCUUUUUGCGCUUUCUCGAGUCACCUGAUUUCCAACCUGUCGCUGCCAAGAAAUACAUUGAUCAAAAAUUUGUCCUGCAGCUUCUGGAGCUGUUUGAUAGUGAGGAUCCUCGAGAACGCGAGCUACUAAAGACUGUGGUACAUCGUAUUUACGGAAAAUUUCUAGGAUUAAGAUCUUUUAUACGCAAGCAGAUUAACAACAUAUUUUUGAGGUUUAUAUACGAAACAGAACAGUUCAAUGGUGUUGGAGAGUUGCUCGAGAUAUUGGGUAGUAUUAUUAACGGUUUUGCAUUACCGCUAAAAUCUGAACACACUCGAUUUUUGGCCAAAGUGCUAAUACCGCUUCACAAAGCUAAAUCUUUAGUAACCUUUCAUCCACAGCUUGCUUAUUGCAUAGUUCAAUUCUUGGAUAAAGAUGCAACUUUAACGGAGCAAGUUGUGCGUGGAUUGUUAAAAUUUUGGCCAAAAACUUAUUCUCAAAAGAAGUAA